AUGGCUGGCGAUCCGGAUGCUGUGAAUAGGGAGUUUGUCUCCCAGAACAUGGAUUCUGAUCUUCAAUUCAUCCUGGGGGAUUCCGGAGUGAGCAUUGGGCAUCAGGCGGCAAUUGCCAGGAGGUAUGGGACCUUGAGAAAGUUCUCAGCCUUGGCCGACGACCGUGCGGCGAUUCGGACCGCUUGCUUGCAUGAUUUCGCGAUUCCUCAGGACACACCCCAAGGUAGAGCUGAGACUGCCGCCGUUGUUUCCUCUUGGGAGAUUGCUAAGGAGUUUCUUGCAAAGGAGGUGGAGCUCAGAGCGGAGGCGAAGGUGUUGGGACAGCCUCGCAUUCUUCAGAUUCACGAGAGGCAGGCGAUGGUGAAGGCUGUGGAGGCAGUCUAUGGUUCACUUGGUGAAUCGGAAUGCCCUGCUCCGGACUAUCUUUCACUCAAAGCUGAGGAAACCGAGGCGAACGAGCCGACUGCCUCGCCCUUAGAUGAGAUCAUCAGCAAGCAGGCAUCAUCUGUCUCCCAGCUUCAAUCCGCAGUUGACUCGACAGGUCUCAUUCGUGUCACUCGCAUGAAAAGUAAAUCCAAGAUGCCUGCCAACACCGAAGAGUAUCGUAAAGUGAUGAAGGUAGAGAUGUAUGCUUGGCUUUCCAUGGCCUCUAGGUAUAGAUCCAAGCAUUGGCUGCAUGGUUUGACCGCCGAACCUUUCACUAAGUUCGUAGAGUAUAUUCUUGGAGAGCGUGUCUUGAAUAUUCAGAUCCCGACCUCAUCACCUGAGCAACAGCAGAAGGUCAAGCCUGAUUGGACUAUCAUUCUUGCGUACGAGCACAAAUUGCGCCGGGAGGCCAUGAAGUUGGUAGUCAACCAAGGCCACACAUUGGCCGACGCGUUGCAUGCUGUCAUUCGCGACGCCGACCUCAAAGAAGCAUUCUUCACGACACCAGUGGCAUUGAAGGCAGCUCAUUCUUCCUUUGAGACUCCGCCAAACAAGUUUGCCCGCCCCUUUUGGAAAGGUGCGUAUUCGAAGGGUUACCAAACUGACAAGGGCAAAGGGAAAGGAAAGAAAGGAAAGGGCAAACACAAGCAGCAGGACUCUCGUUUAGCCGGGUUGUCACUCGCUUGGAGGACCCCUGAUAAUCUGCAUGCCGCAUCGACUCUUGAUUCGAGCGACACGUCGCAUUGCCGUGCUGUUCCUGUCUUGAAGGUCAUGUAUCUUUUUGCUGGCAAGCGCCGCCACUCUGACAUUGGCUCUUUCCUGAGGAAAGCUGAGGAGCAGGGUUUGAUCCGUUUGGAGCUCAGAGAGUUGGACAUUGAGCGGUCGAGUGAACAUGAUUUGACCGAUGAUGCGCUCUGGGAUUCCCUUUUUGCAUUACUUCGAGAAGGCAAUUGGAUUUUGAUCGUUUCUCCGCCGUGCAAUUCUUUCAGCAGAGCACGCUUUCAGUAUAGGCUACACCCAGGCCCUAGACCUCUUCGCAGCAAGACCUGGCCUAGGGGUUUUCCGUGGCUUAGCAAUUCGAAUUCACUCAUAGUCCAGGAAGCUAAUCGUUUUGUUGAUCGGUGCAUUGAAGCUUGUCAGAUUUGCCGUGCAUCCGCAGGUCACUUCCUCUUCGAGCACCCAGAGGAUUUGGGCGUCGUGCACGGGGAGCACCCCGGUUCCGUUUGGCAGUGGCCUGAGAUUCGUGAACUCAUUGCAUCCACUACUGCACAGUGCUUUGCGAUUCACCAGUGCCAUUUUGGUGCUGACACCCCCAAACCCACACGGUUCUUGACCACAAUGCAUACACAGGAUCCCAGAUGCUUGCAGACGUUGCCUCGUUUUGAUAAGUUAGGAUUCUAUAAAGGCCCGUUGCCCAGGGAUUGUGGUCAGGUUCAUGCUCGCAAGUUGAUCGGUAAGUCUAAGGGCACUUGGAAUACCGGUCCUUCGGCUUCAUACCCACCUUUGCUUUGCGAGUUUUUGGCUGGCCUCGUCUUGUCUGCACAUGCAGCCUCCGGAGGGGGCACCAAGUCUCGGCCUGCCACCGCAACACGUGUUUGUCCUAAGGUGGUUGUCAGGGACCCACCUCAGCAGGAAUCACAACCACCCUCCAAAGUUCCGAAGCUUUUGAAACAAGUUGAAGUUCUUGAUCUGACGGGUGAGGACGACUCUUCUCUGACCCCAUUAAACCAGGUUUCCCAAGAAGAUGGCGACGAAUUCGACUUGGAAUCUUGCUUGAAUAGGGGUCGUCCCAUGUCGGUUGAAUGGGGGGGUAAGUGUAGGGAGUUUGUUGAUGGCUUUGGUCUUUGUAGUCCUGGGAGGUGGCCCCCAAAGGCACGGGGCGAGAGGCGUUCUGAGGAGAUGAAAAGAUUGGCUGCUGCCACCUUCGAUCUUCUUAGUGACACGGUUCGCCAAGUCAUACAGGACCCCAGGAAGGAAGCUUUCCGGCUUGUGACGGGCAAGCUGACGCAAUCCCCUUUUCCUGCUGAAGUGUUGACGCCUCUUCGCAGCAAGUGGGCAGAGCUUCUCUCGGACCCGGGGGAUGCACUUGUGGUGGAUCAAGGGCAGCCCUUCCUCCUGAGGGGUCUUGCUCAGUGGCUCGGGGUGUUUGAGGACCCUGAUGCGAAAUGGCUUGUGGAUGUGGAGGAUUCGUUUGCCUCAGGCGUUUGCCUUGGGGUCGAAAAGCCCCUUCCUCGGUCUCCCCAGGUUUGCCCUCCAAAGGUCAAGCACCGCAAGUUGGACGAGUCAGAGUUUUCCCCCAUUGCACAGAACUAUGCAUCGGCUGACAUGUCUUCUUCAGAACUUGAAGCCAAGUUUCGAGAAGAGGAGGCACUGGGCCGGAUGUUCCCAUCUAAGCUGGGUGCGCUUCGUGAGCAGUAUGGUGAUAAGUUGAGGGUUGCAUCAAUGGCAGCGAUCAAGAAACCGGACGGCAGUGUGCGCCCCUUGCACGACGGGACUCAUUCCGUGAGGGUGAACAACGUUAUUCGGUACCAAGACCAGCUUGAGUGCCCCGGUCCAGGGGAGAUCGCAGCAGUGGUUCGCACUUCGGUCGAGUCCAGGGAGGCACCUUUCUGCGUCUCCGCUGACAUAAAGGCAGCCCACCGUCUCGUGAAAAUCCGUAAGGCCGAUUGGGGUUACAUGUGUUGCAGGGUCGACUCGUCUUCUGAAACAGUGUGGGUCAAUCAGGUUGGGACGUUUGGGAUCUCUAGUGCACCUUUCUGGUGGUCAAAGUUGUGCGGCCUGAUUGGGCGCUUCGUGAUGUAUUGCAUGCAGGACAAUUGGCUCUUGCACAUGAUUUACGUUGACGACUUGCACGGUGCCUUUAUUGGACAACAUAAGUUUUGGCUCAUUUGGGUGUGGCUGCUCGCCUUUGAACUCGUAGGUGUGCCUUUCGGAUAUCAUAAGUUCCAUGGUGGCUUUGCAUCGGAGUUCGUAGGAUUCAACUUGAGGUACGAUCUUGCCGAGGUUGGCAUCUCGGAGAAGAGGGGUCGUUGGCUUCUUGAAUGGAUCACAAAGGCGACGACUGAUCGCUUUGUCGUGGUUGGCAGGUCUUUCAUUGAGUUCUUGGGUCGUCUCGGAUUUGUCUCACAGUUGCUUACGUGGCUGAAACCGCACUUGUCUCCAUUGUUCGCAUGGGCCGCGGUCGUGGCUCCAGGCACGGUUGGGAAGCUGCCGGAUACUGUGAUUCUUACCUUGAAGUAUAUUGACCUUGAGUUUAAAGGUGAAACCUUCUUAGAGGGAAAGGGGGCAAUGUGGGCAUCAACCUCAGCAGAGCUUUUGGCUUCGUUAGUCGCCCUUGGUGCAUUUGGCUGGAUCACGCAGGGGAAGCAUCGCAAGUCAGUCCCCCUGGUCUUGGCAGCAGGCACAGAUAAUCGGGCCAACGACGCCCUGUCGACCAAACGCACGACGACAAAGUGGCCCCUCAUGGGAAUAAACAUGCAGCUCUCGUCUGCCAUCGCUAAGGCGAGACUUUCGUUAGACCUGAGGUGGAGGCCAAGGGAGGAGAACGAAGAAGCAGAUAGCCUCACCAACGAGGUCUUCGAUGCUUUUGACUUGGAGCUCAGGGUACCA